CCUCGCUUUCCAGGAGCCCUUUCAGCCUGACCGACCGCUUGGAACACUUUUCAAGAGGGUCUGAGGCCGGCCUUCUGCCCUGGAGGACCUCCUGGGACAGCCGUUUCCUGCUGCUAAGCCAGCCCGCUUUCUCUCCUUCUCCAUCUGUUUCUUGCAUGCGACAAACUGAAACAAGCAACAUGUCUCUGCAGUGCACCAAGUCAGCGGGACACUGGAAGAUCGUGGUGUGGGAUGAGGAGGGCUUCCAAGGCCGGCGGCAUGAGUUCACAGCUGAGUGCCCCAGUGUGCUGGAGCUUGGUUUUGAGACUGUGCGAUCUUUGAAAGUGCUGAGUGGAGCGUGGGUGGGUUUUGAGCACGCCGGUUUCCAAGGGCAGCAGUAUGUGCUGGAGCGGGGUGAGUACCCGUCCUGGGAUGCCUGGAGUGGCAACACGUCCUACCCCGCCGAGAGGCUCACCUCCUUCCGGCCCGUGGCCUGCGCUAACCACCGCGACUCGAGGCUGACCAUCUUUGAGCAAGAGAACUUCCUGGGCAAGAAAGGAGAGCUGAGCGACGACUAUCCCUCCCUCCAGGCCAUGGGCUGGGAUGGCAAUGAAGUGGGCUCCUUCCACGUCCACUCGGGGGCCUGGGUUGGCUCCCAGUUUCCUGGCUACCGAGGUUUUCAGUAUGUGCUGGAGUGUGAUCACCACUCAGGCGACUACAAGCAUUUCCGGGAGUGGGGCUCUCACGCCCAGACCUUCCAGGUGCAGAGUAUCCGGAGGAUCCAGCAGUGAGCAGGCGGGCCAGCGCUGAGCAGUGAACGUGUGCUUGUCUGGAACAGAGGCGCUUUGGAGGCUGUUACAUGCUCUCUCCUCUGCCCCCCCCCUGUAACCCGUACGACCCCAGCACCCAUGUGGGCCAGUCCAUGCACAGUCAGCACGAAAAACUAAAAGUAAUAAAAAAAAAAAA